GUUAAUUUGGUUCUGGGGAAAAAUGUGUAAAAGCCUAGUAAAAGCUGGAAGUACGAAGCACCAUAUGAGUGGUGCACGAGACUCCUGAUAUCACAGGGGCGCUGGAGUGGCAAAUAAAUAACAAAUGAAGAUAAAAAGCAGAAAAUGUUCAUUAAGAGCAGCGUCUCCUUGUCUGCCCUGGGCAACACAAACGGCCAAGUUUGUCUUUUAUCUCACGGUGUGAAGAAUUACCGGUGUUCCGUUGGCCUGUCGUCGGGGACACGGCGCUCCCGUUCACGAGCGCUAAUGACAACGGCGAAUACGAACACGCUGCUCGGUUAGUGCCGAGCGCACGCUUUCAUCCCAGGUGGUUUACAAGGCUUACAGUUUCCUCAAUUUACCUACUGUGAUUACGCUGGGUGCGUCGUGUGCAAGGACGUCUUUGCCCAAAGGCUUCGUGUGCCCCAUGCAAAUAUAUAACAGCUGGUCCUUCUUCUGGGCUUUGAACCUAUGACCUUUUAGUCUGAGGUUACCCUCAGUCAAUAUGCUACCUGCCAUCGCUACACACCAACAGCCAUGAAUGCUCAUCUGAAUUCUCCUCUCCAUCCUCAGUCGUGACCCCAAAGAGCGGAGACUCAGCCAAAUGGCCUUUUGGAGGGAUUUGUUUUCUCUCUAAAAUGUUUUCCUGGUUCCACUUUUCCGGACGGCAGCCCGAGUCCGCGCUGCAUGUUGAAUAAUGAAGGACGGGCAUCCGUCUCGGGCAGGCGUAGGGAACCGACACGAGGGGAGUGGGGGGAAGCCUUUCAAGCAAGGAUUUUUACCCUUGGUUAACCACGCUGGCCGGUAUCGCUGCCUGUCAGUCACAGCACCGGGAAGCGCGAGGAAAUGGCUCUGACACCACUGCCAUCCUGGCGCCCCGCUGCACCGCCCAUGAGUGCCAGCACACCCGAAAAAAGCAUCUGUCCAUCUGGAAACAACAGAACUCGAAUGUUGAAACCACAGAUUGCAAUCGCUUACCGCUUUCAUACUGUCCAGGGUUAGUAGAAAACGAGUGAUUUUACAAUGGAUUUUAAUGGAGCGAGGACUGAGAAAGAGCUCUUUGCAGAUGCAACACGUUGUCAUCUUCGCUGGAGGUCGUCCUGGUUGGAGAGCAAGUGGAAAUUGGGCUGAAAGCAGGCCAGCAACCCCCGCUGGCUGUUGAUGACAACUCAGCAGCAGAAAGCAUGUCUCAUCUGUCCAGUAUGUGUGUGGCAAAUGUUGGCGACGGUGGCAGCCCAGGAUCCCAGAAAGAACGAGGCGGAUCUUUUCCGUUGGCCUCCUUUUCUUUUUUCAUUUCACUAGAAUGGACUACGACAUGAUUCUUUCCACACCAGCCUCAGUUUUACACCGAUUUCCUUGUCCCUUAACCAAUUGACUGCAGCCUGGGAGGAUAUCGUUCCGUAGGGUCAAGACCAUGAACCAAACUUAAGGUUUACAUCUCAAAAGAGACAUAACAAUCACUAGUCUAUGAUUAAAAGAACAAAAGGAGAAAAACAGCAACUACACGAUAACAGAAAAUGAUGACACAUUAUUAAACGAAAGGAAACGGAAUGUCAUGAAAGGUGCCAACGAGGACAAUGUCUCCUUUGACGCCAUCCUGGGAGGGGUUAUCGCCGCCGUCACCCUGGUGCUGCUGUGCACGGCCGCGGUGCUGCUGCGCUACAAGUACCGGCACAACGGCUCGUACCGCACCAACGAGGCCAAGGGUACGGAGUUCGGCAGAACGAGCGGCACGGCCCCCGGCACGGACCCGAGCGCGCGGGACGCCGUGGACGAGCGCGGAAAGGAGUUCUUCAUCUGAAAGACGUUGCUCGGCGUUGCGGCCUGGACAUCGACACCCCGGGAAAAGCAGAAACCCAUUUCGACAGCAGCGAUUUUACGUCUCUCUUAAACAAGCUCCCGGGACGUGUCGGCUGGCGCCGAAAGACGGUCCGAACGGUCCCAGACAAUCUGUUGGUACAAAUUUUGUAUGUAAUGUCCUCCAAAAAAGCGCACGUCCUCCUGCUGACAGCUGUUCCGGGCCCCUGCGCAUCUUUCCUGGCAGCAAAGAAAAAUUUAGGAACCAUUAUCAUACGUGGUGAAUAUAGGUGUCGUCAGUGAAAUGUGUCACGAACCAGAGACUCGUCCAGAGGAAUGAGGACGGCGCCGAGCUGCCACCCCCCACAGGGCGGAGAUGAGGGAACUCCGCUCUUCCUCCUUCACUGUCAUUAUAUGGUGUCGUCUGAGUCCUGCAUCAUUGUCCUGCUGUCUGAGGAUCUGUCCCCCAACGUGCCGGUCUCUAUCGAAGGGAUUGUUUAGGUCGGUGUGUGUGUGUGUGUGUGUGUGUGUGUGUGUGUGUGUCACAGUAAAUGCCAAAGAAUAGGCCGAGAAUGAGAGCAACAGUUCUGCCACACACACUCUGUCCCAUCCAGACAUCCAGGGAAGAGGUGUGUGUGUGUGUGUGUGUGU